UUAUUUAGCCUGUUUAAUUGUUAACUGACCUUCUUCGCUGUCAGCAAAAUAAUUACCACCAGGAAGGUGAUCUUUGUCAUGUCCUCGUGCCUUAAGUUACUGGCAGCCGUACUUCCACUUUUUCCUUCUCUCUUCUUGUUAACUUUCAGUUUGCUGGCAUGCUGACAACGCGGAGCUUUAUAUUUAGUUACCCUUUAUUUCAAACCUGUUUGGCCACGGUUUUUCCUAAAGUGAAAGUCUGAAAGGGGUUUAUAAAAGGCUGAAAGGCGACCUGGCGGAUUAUUUUUUUCAAACGCUUUUACCUGAGCCACCAUUUGAAGGUUGUUGUUAUUUAAUGGAAUAAGAUGUCACAAAUGAUGAACAAGUCCAUUGAAAACCCUGACGAGGACAGCGUGUCCCUCCGGAGCAAUGGGACAGGGGCUUCCAAUGGUGUGGUAAAGGGGACACUUCAGACCCUCAAACGGAGUAUGAGACGAGUUUCUACCAAGAAAAAAGAAUCCAAAGACACAUCUAAAACAGGAUAUCCUUCCUCGCCACCACCGCCAUCACCAAGUCCAAGUGCCGGCUCAGCAACCACCUCUCCUCUGAAGACUUUGGGAAACUUCUUCCAGAAAAAGGAGGAAGAUCCGGCUGAUGUGACAGCACAGAAAAAAAAAACUCUGCAUCGUUCAAAGACAGAUGUCGGUAUGUCCAACUUUGGUGACUCCCUUGCGAAAAAAAGAGCAUCACUUCGUCGAAGCCUGAACUUUGGAUCCAAGAAAGACGGCAACAAAAUAGGCCAGCAGGAUACCACGGCAACCAUGUGUGAAAGUUUGGUGGAGAAUAGGGAGGAGGGCGAAGAUGAGGAGAAGAAGGAGGAGAUUGAGGAGUUUUACAACUUUCCGAAAAUACCCGACACACCACUGUCAGUGAUGGAGAUCAACAAGCUGAUAGACCUGGAGGUGAUGGAGGAGGCUUAUAUGCACCUGCUCAGUUUGCGGCUGGAGUUUCAGCGGGAGCGAGAACAGUUUGUCAAGGACUCUCCAGUGGAGCUGGCUAAGAAGGAAAAAGACCUCAACCUUCUCUAUAAAGAGCUCAGGAACAAGAUCUGCUCUAUAGUUCGAGACUCUAACUCAUUACCUGCCAGAAACAAGGAACUGCUGAUCCCGUGCGCCCGGAUCAUCCAGGAAGAGGAAAAGAGGGCUGAGGAACCAGGAGGGCUACCAGACAGCUGGAUGGAGGCCUGGAGGACAGCAGUGUAUGAGGGCGUGCAGGUGAAGGUGAGAAAUGUUCACCUGGAGCAGAAGGAGCAGAACACCUCCUGGCUGGCUGUUCAUCUGGGUCUGCUAGGUAAAGCCAUCGUGGAGGAUUUGGAGAUAGUGAAGAGGGAGCUGCGAUGGUCCUACCCACCCAGUUUUAAAGUCUUCAGCACCUAUGUGCAGAGCUUCAACAGAGUCGUAGGGGAGCACCUGAUCACGGUGGAGAAGCAGGUGACAGAGCUGAAGGACCUGUACCAGCUGCUAGACUGGAUCCUCAACAGAUACAAGAGUGAGAAAAUCAUGGCAAGUCUGUCCUUGCAACCGGAGAUUACAGAUGAAAGUACCAACCUGCAGCUAAAGGAAGGCUUCCUGGAGCAGCUGGAAGAGAAAUACUGCUGCAGACUGAAGGAGGAUAUGAAGGUGACAUUGAGCAAAGUAAUUGAACUUGAACAUGAUUCUGUCUGGAGGGACAGAAACAUGCCCGAGAAGGAGGAUAACUUCCUCAGCUCUCAGUUUCCCAUGGACAUCUGGACGAAAGUAAAAGGAAACAUAAUAAACUCCCAAAAGCUUGAUGCAGACCUGGAACAUAAAGUCAUCUCUUCCUGCUUUGAGGAGUUAAAAAACUUCCCCAAGAGGUUUGAAGCGGAGUUCAGGCAUCACUGCAGCGCUCUUCAGCCUCAGCCUCGUUGGACAGAGUAUCAGAUUACCUAUAUUAACAGCUUCACUAUGUUACAGGAACACAUGGAUGGGUACCAAGACAGCUGUCCAAAUGAGGUGGAAGAGUUCAGAAAAGAGGUGAAGGGGCUGAUUGAUAAGCUACUACAAGGCCUGGAGGACCAAUUCAAAGAUGAUGUUAAGCCGUUCCUGAGGAGGAUGAUGACGAGGAAGUGGCUCACCAACAAUGAGGACUUUAAUCACCUUCUUAGCCGGAUAAAGCAGCUUUCUCAACACUCUGAUUUAAUGAGGCCUCCACAUGUUCACGAGUUUGUGAGUCGAUUGCAUUACCAUGUGGUGAGGGAAUACGUUGGCCAGCUGAUGAAAAACAACUACUCAUGCAAGAAUCGAAAACACGAGAAGGCUGCAGCCAAGAUCCAAGAGCAGUGGAAUCAGCUCAGGGAUCUGUUUGAAGAGAUGAAUUCAACUCAUGAGUGGCUCCACCAUGUAGGAGAUGACCUGAGCAACGUCAUCGGACAGAAAAACAAAACGGACAUUAAGAGCCACCUGCAGCCUCUCGUGCAGCAUUACCCAGAUUUCGGCAGGAAGCAUCUGGUUGCUGUUCUGUACUUCAGGGGUCUUGUGAGGGGCCGUGAACAUCAGCUGAUUCUGCAGCAACUCUCUGUGCUGAAAAGAGGAGCGGCCAUCAGGGACAGAAGCCAAGCUUUAUUUGGGGACAUGCAGGUCACAACCAAAACUGAAUGCCUCUCUGGCUUGCCGUUUUCCUGCCUCAACUUCCUUCUGCCUGACAGCUAAUGAAAUACUGCAGGUGGGUGGUUCCUCCUCUACACCACAGAGGGGUAAGAAAACACACCCCGCUUGCACAUGGUGACAGUCAGAACUGGAACUCACUCAACUUUAUGAGCAGAAAAUACUCCCUGCAACACUAAAUUAUAAUUAUUCAAUUUUAUUUUACUAAUCCCAGCUGUGAAUUUCAGCUCUAGAUGUACUAGGGAGCAGUGGGUGGCCAUGUUUCAGAACCUGGGGACCAUUUGUGGAGAGCUAAGGGCCUUGCUCAAGGGCCCACAGUGGUUUACCUCUAUUAGCACUCCGGGUACUUGAGCCCAGGUUCUCCAGACCCAACCCCACCUCUAUAACCACUAGGCUUCGACUCCCGCUAUUUCAGAAUAUUUUAGAGCGUGAAUGUAUUUUUCUGUUAAACACUAUUUAAGCAUAAAUGUUUGUGCUGUAAUUAUAAAAAGUAAAACACUAGAUUUGAAUGAUGGAAAUGUUUAUUUUUUUUCCAUGUUCAUAUGGAAAUUGUAGACUGGGUGUAAUGAUGCUACCUGUGGUUUCACUUAUAGAACUUCAAAGAAAACAAAGAUUGUCUGGGUUGAAAAGGUUGAAAAGGUUCUGAAAUAGCAACUGAUAAAAAGAGCAAAGUGCUGUUGUCUUCCAGCUUUUUAAAAAUGUGAAUGGUUCUGUCUUUCAUGUUUGUGUUAUUUUAAUCAUACAGUUUGUGUUGGUUUUGUGCAGUGUAUGUGAUCAGCAGAGGGAAGUUUUAAUCAGGGGUUUUCAGCUAUUUCCCUUCUGUAAGACUUGGUUUAUUGACCAAUGUUCCCAUUAAACUGGAACACUGCUGAUGAGUUUUUGUAUUUGAAAAUGAAAUUAUGUAUGUAACAUAAUUAGAUGUGUAAAUACAACCCAAAAUAAAUAUAUGGUACUGAUUUUAAAGCCUACCUACAUUUGUUUAGCCUUGACUCUUUUUAUUAACUUCACUUGAAUAUUUACAUUAAACUAACAUAUCUUUCCAUCUGUAACUCAAUCACACAACUACAUGUGUAAUAACUGUGUUGUUCAACGCUGUAAAAACAACAAUAAAGGUUGUGAAAUUAGAACAAGACUGAAUUUUUUAAGUUAGCUUUGGUUCACAAUCAAGGCCACAGCUCCACCACACAUGUUGAGUCUUCUACUUGCUUCAGCUACUCAAAAGUAUUGUUUAUGCUUUACAUUUAUGCUUUCUUAACCCUCACCAUAGUUUUUUACACCAUACUAUGAUAAAAACUGUAGUAAAACUAGAGAACUGUAGAUGUUAUGUUAGCAUGGUAUGCUAGCAAGCAGAUGAACCCAGUUCAUACUGUAUGAACUAUUAGUUUUCUCUAUGCAAAACAUCCUGAGACUUUUUUUAUUUUAAUUUACUGAGAAUUAGUUAUUUCCUUGACUAUGGACUCUUGAGCUUCUGGUAUCGUUGCUGACAAUCAAAUGCCAGUUAAGCACCUGAUUAGCAACAUGUUUGAGCGUAACGUAAAACAGUGUAAAGCAAAUAACCUAAAGAAACCAAAACAGAAAACAGGAUGAAAUGAACAAUCAUGUGUUUUAAACCCCCCCAUGAUGAUCAUUACUUUCAUAUGGAAGUGUAAAGGUAUGAGGGGGAAAUGACUGACUUAGCUUUGCUUCGUUAUUGCAAUAACAUUUUAAAUUCUUGCUUUUCUUUGAUUUUAAAGAGUAGAAAUUCUCAUAGUUUUAGUUACAGAAGGCUCAUAUUUCUGCCUGAAAGCAGGAUGGCUUGACAUGAAAUUGAUAAAUAAUAGAUAUAUUGUGUUUAUUGUGGGAGAAAUUCCCCCCACAAAACCCACUUUAAGGAACUUCAUUUCAUGCUGUAAUGAGGGAUUUUUUUUUUUUAUCAAAAAGGGUAGAAAAAUGUACUGAGGGGAUUAAAUGUGACAGAUUUCUUUAUGUUGAUGUUUUUAUGUGCAAUUUCUCAUAAAUCUGCAAGAUUAUA